UGUUGUUGUGUUUUUUGUGUGUCGGCGGCGUGUGUAUCGCAUUCGCAUCGUAUCGAAUCGAAGAGAAUCGAAAUCGUGUGUUUUUCAAACAUAAAUACAAGCAUUUAAUCCCGCGAGGUGCCAACAAUGUUUUAGGCGCCACUGCGCUGGUUACCCACUAAAAAUAAUCACAAAAAAAGCCCGUCAAAGUGGAAAAAGUGCUCCAAAAAAAACGAAAACCAAAAGUGCUAAUUAAUAACAAAAAAAAAAAGGAAAACAAAUACCAAUCCACAACACAACAAGUAUUAGUUAAUCAAAGAAAAUGGGAAAGCUGCUGAGCCUGCUGUCACGCGACGACUCGAAUUGUUGCGCCGCCAAAUCCUACGAUGUCUUCCUGGACUUCGAGAAUGCCGCGCCCACGGAAACGGAGCGAGAGGUCUACGACGAGGUGGAGCGAGUUCUUAGGGAAUCGGAGGUGGUUCUCGAGGAGAUUCAGAUUUAUCGGGGUGCCGGCAAGGAAAUCCGAGAAGCAAUCGCCGAUCCCUCGCCGGAGGUGACGAGCAAGGCCUGGGCAGCGGUACUCCCGCUGGUCAACAAGCUGAAGCGCUGCUACGAGCACUCCAUGGAGCUGGACAAGAUUGUGCCCAAGCUGCUGGGCCAGCUGGUGGGCGGAAAACUGAAUCCAACACAGCAUCUGGAGACCCAGCAGGCGCUGGUCAAGCAGCUGGCCGAGAUCUUGGAGUUCGUGCUGAAGUUCGAUGAGUACAAGAUGAAAACACCCGCCAUACAGAAUGAUUUCAGCUACUACAGACGCAUUGUCAGCCGGCAACGUGUGGACUCCACGGAGAAUAUGUUAGUCAGCACAGAGUUGGCCAACCGGAUGUCCUUGUUCUACGCCCACGCCACGCCCAUGCUCAAAGUUCUGAGCGAGGCCACCUCAAAGUUUGUCAAUGAUAAUGCCGAUGAUGUCCAGAACACUACGGAAACGCUGGGCACCAUGGCGAAGGUCUGCCUGAGGAUGCUGGAAAAUCCAAAACUCCUGCAACAGAUCGAGCGUGAGGACACGAAAAUGCUGGUGCUGCGCGUAAUGGUCGGCCUGGUGAUCCUCUACGACCAUGUGCAUCCGGAGGGGGCGUUCGUGCGGGGCGCCCAUGUGGACGUGAAGGGAUGCGUUCGAUUGCUGCAGGCGCAGCCGGCCAUCAAGGCGGAGCCGCUGCUCAACGCCCUGCGAUACACGACGAAGCAUUUGAAUGGGGAGAACACGCCGAAGAACAUACAGCGCCUACUGGCCGCAUAAUAGCGGAGGGGAUCGGAGGGAGGAGGUUCAUUAACGUUAAUUUCUAUGUGUAUGCGUAUCGAUUUAAAUGGUUUUACUUUAUUUAUGUAAUUAGUAGGCUUCUGUAUUAUUUGUAAAAAUUGUAAGCGAGUGUUGUGCUAGCAGGAGGCAGCCUCUAGUUUUACUUUUACCCUGUGUGCAUUUCCAGCAUUUGUUUCGUACUGUUUUAGACUCCAGCCUCCGCGUAACGUAACGAAGUCGGAUGAAGUGGAACGCAUAUAUCAGCAGCAACAAUAUUUAGUUGAUAAUCUAGCCCUAAUUUUAAGUAACGAAUGGAACCCAAUUAACCUAACAACAAAUUAGCGCAAAGUUUAAACGGAUGGUUGGGGAGAUAUGAGAGAUAAAUCCUAAAUUUCACUAAAGCAGAGAUUAUAAAUAUAAAAUUAAACUUUUAAAUCAAAUCUAGAGUAUUUUUUUGUACAUGACGAUGUGUAGAACGAGGUGUAAAGAUCUAAACAAUGCAUAAAUUAAUUGAAAUACUAUUAAACAAAAAACAAAUUGUACGAACUAAAAUGCCUACACACACACAACUGAACCACAAGCAGAAAGCGGAUGCAUUUAUAUAUUUCCACGCCGUCAACUUUGAUAAACGUAUUUAAACAAAUCUACAAAAUAAACUUGAGCUGCGCAAUAAUAAUAAUUUUUAAGAUUUACAAAUAGAAAUAAAAGAUUAAUGAAAUGGCAAAACUUAACGCAUACAAUUUGUACCAAAAAACAAAAAAAAGAACAAUGAAGAAUCACACAAACUAAAUAAAGAUUUAUAUAUGCGAUAAGAGCGAGAAGAAACUGAUGAAAAAACUAUAGAGAAUGCUGAAUCAAAAUAAAUAUCACGCAAAAUCAACCACA